AUGUAGACCAAAGCUCACAGUUUCGCGCGUAUAAAUGAGCUUAGUAGUAGAUCUGCAUCAAAACUCAUUAAAACAGUAGUGCGACUUUUUUUUUGUUAGUAUCAGAUUUCAAAAUUUAAUUUUCAAAAGGUCUUUCGAGGAUGAAGAAUUCCUGUGUUCUGGCGUUGUUUGCUGCCCUGGUCUGUGUAGAGUCCAGGCUGAUUGACCUGUCUCACAAGCAUGGCCCGGACGGUAUUAUGUCAUUUCAGAUGCCCCAUUACAACUGGACAGAAUUGUUCAAGGGAGACUUUCAACCCGGCAUGUAUGUCAAAGUUGGCGCCUACUCUACAGGGGAACAUGGAGGAACACAUAUGGAUGUUCCCGCACACUUCUCUCCAAAUGGAAUGAGUGUAGAUCAGAUCCCCCUGGAGAUGACCAUAGCAGACGGUGUCAUGAUAGACUGCGCCUAUGAAGCUAGUAGAAAUAGAUCUUAUCUGAUGCCAACACAAAAGAUCCUUGAUUGGGAAAGUGUGAAUGGUCGUAUCCCGGACAAUUCAGCUGUUAUCGUGAACUUUGGAUGGUCACAGUACUACAACAGUUUUGAAAAAUUUAUGGGAACAAAGAAUGACAAUAUAUACGAGUUUAAUUUCCCUACGCUAAGCAAGGCGGCAGGAGAUUUCUUGUAUGAGCAGAGAAACAUUAAGAUCAUUGGAACGGACACUGCCAGUCCAGAUGGCUUUGACGCCUCUGGGCUUCCCAUUCACAUGAAGUACCUCCCAAACAACAGGCUUAUCCUCGAGGAGCUUAAAGACACGGGCCUGCUCCCACCCAAAGGAUUCCGUCUUCACGCAUCCCCUGUCAAAUUUGUGGGGGCCACAGGAGCUCAAGUCAGGGCUUUCGCCAUAGUCUCCGAUACCCGUGACCUAGAGUGCUGUAUGAAUGGCGCCGUGACGACCGUGAGUGCCUUCGCUUUGGUUCUGCUCUCGUCUGCGUUUGUUUUCUUGGGUUAAAUCCACUUAAGAAAACAGAAGUUCAGGAAAAAAACUAAGAAGAUAUGUUCAAUAUAUUUUUAUAAAAACAUUUUAAUACACCUCUAUGUGAUUUUAUGAAUAUAUUUUAUAGUUUUAAAAAAUUAUACCAUUUAUUUAACUAUUUUAUGUCAAUAGAUGAUGUUUUAUACAAUAUUUACAUUUAAUAAAUGAUGUUUACAAACACUAAUCAAAUUAUUUUUAUAUCUGACAGUUUUUAUUCAAUAGUUGUAGUUUUUAAUUUCCAGAUUCCCUAAUGUUCUGUGAAUCGGCAAAGUCUUUAGACAAAAAUAUCCGAUAAAUUUGUCAUUAUAUUUCCUAAACCUUAAGAGACGAAGAAAAACUUAUUAUUAUUUUGUAAUUUUUAUUUCAAAAUUUUCAUUCUUUUUUUUUUUCCUAUCAUG